AUGUCUGUUCAACUCAAAGGUAACACAGCCUUGAUCACCAAUGGUAAGCGGAUUGAAAAAGGUUUUGUUGAAAAGCCAGUCAGCGGCAAAGAUCAUAACAUGUUGGUAACCAAAUGGGUGGUAGGCGGUAUUUUGAUGUCUAUAAUUUGCAUUUAUAGAACAGGAAUUCUGAUCAUUGACAAGUGUACUUAUUCCUAG